GGCGUGCGUCCCGCCCGCCCCAGCGCGCCAUGGAGCGGCCGGCGCCCCUGGCCGUGCUGCCCUUCUCGGACCCCGCGCACGCGCUGAGCCUGCUGCGCGGCCUGAGCCAGCUGCGCGCCGAGCGCAAGUUCCUCGACGUGACGCUGGAGGCGGCGGGCGGGCGCGACUUCCCCGCGCACCGCGCCGUGCUGGCGGCCGCCAGCCCCUACUUCCGCGCCAUGUUCGCGGGCCAGCUGCGCGAGAGCCGCGCCGAGCGGGUGCGCCUGCACGGGGUGGCGCCCGACACGCUGCAGCUGCUGCUGGACUUCAGCUACACGGGCCGCGUGGCGGUGAGCGGCGACAACGCCGAGCCGCUGCUGCGCGCCGCCGACCUGCUGCAGUUCCCGGCCGUGAAGGAGGCGUGCGGCGCCUUCCUGCAGCAGCAGCUCGACCUGGCCAACUGCCUGGACAUGCAGGACUUCGCCGAGGCCUUCAGCUGCGCGGGGCUGGCGAGCGCGGCGCAGCGCUUCAUCCUGCGCCACGUGGGCGAGCUGGGCGCCGAGCAGCUGGAGCGCCUGCCGCUGGCGCGCCUGCUGCGCUACCUGCGCGACGACGGGCUCUGCGUGCCCAAGGAGGAGGCCGCCUACCAGCUGGCGCUGCGCUGGGUGCGCGCCGACGCGCCGCGCCGCGCCGCGCACUGGCCGCAGCUGCUCGAGGCCGUGCGCCUGCCCUUCGUGCGCCGCUUCUACCUGCUGGCGCACGUCGAGGCCGAGCCGCUCGUGGCGCGCUGCCCGCCCUGCCUGCGGCUGCUGCGCGAGGCGCGCGACUUCCAGGCGGCGCGCUACGACCGCCACGACCGCGGCCCGUGCCCCCGCAUGCGCCCGCGGCCCUCCACGGGCCUGGCCGAGAUCCUGGUGCUGGUGGGCGGCUGCGACCAGGACUGCGACGAGCUGGUCACGGUCGACUGCUACAACCCGCAGACGGGCCAGUGGCGCUACCUGGCCGAGUUCCCCGACCACCUGGGCGGCGGCUACAGCGUCGCGGCGCUGGGCAACGACAUCUACGUGACGGGCGGGUCCGACGGCUCCCGGCUCUACGACUGCACGUGGCGAUACAACUCGAGCGUGAACGAGUGGACGGAGGUGGCGCCCAUGCUGAGGGCCCGCGAGUACCACAGCUCGGCGGUGCUGGAUGGGCUGCUGUACGUGGUGGCCGCCGAUAGCACCGAGCGCUACGACCACACCGCCGACUCUUGGGAGGCGCUGCAGCCCAUGACCUACCCGCUGGACAACUGCUCCACCACUGCCUGCCGCGGCCGCCUCUACGCCAUCGGCUCGCUGGCCGGCAAGGAGGCCAUGGUGAUGCAGUGCUACGACCCCGACGUCGACCUCUGGUCCCUGGUGGACUGCGGCCCACUCCCUCCCUGGUCCUUCGCCCCCAAGACGGUGACACUCAACGGACUCAUGUACUUCAUCAGGGAUGACUCGGCCGAAGUGGACGUGUAUAGCCCUGCCAAGAAUGAGUGGAGCACCAUCCCAGCCAUGAACCAGGUGCACGUGGGGGGCAGCCUGGCCGUGCUCGGAGGGAAGCUAUACGUCUCGGGAGGCUAUGACAACACCUUUGAACUCUCGGACGUGGUGGAGGCUUAUGACCCCGAGACGCGGGCCUGGAGCGUGGUGGGCCGCCUCCCCGAACCCACCUUCUGGCAUGGCAGCGUCAGUAUCUUCCGCCAGUUUAUGCCCCAGACGCCGUCGGGUGGACGUGGCUUCGAGCUGGACAGUGGCCGCAGUGACCUGGACCCCGGCCGGCCAGGGCUGCCCCGGAACCCGCACGAGCCACACUAGCCCCGGUAUGGCCCAGGGAGGGCCUUGAGCAGGCGACGGGCACCCCUGGGGCACAGUGAGCCCUAUCUCCGGUGCUCAAGGCCGGGGGCGUCCCUGCCCAGCCGGCGCCUGGCCGGCUGCCCGUGCCCUCCCUGGGUCGAGGAGGAACUGGACCCCGUGCUGGCCAGCCAGCAAGCCCUCCUCAGCUCCCUGCGGCCGGAGGGGCCCACACGCCCGCCCCCUGUCCUGGGCUGCGAGGGGGCCAUGACCGAGCCAGGACACAGCCCAAGGGCCUCGAGGACCUGCUGAGAUUCUGGCCUGGAGACCGGCUAAGCCACAGGGGCCCGCCUAGGCCGCCUCCAUCUGAGGUGCUUGGGGUUCCUGCAGAUGGAGACUGCCAAACGGCCCCACAGCUUCCAGAGGUCUUCGUGUUCUCCAGGAGGUGCAGCAUGUCUAUGCCUUGGGGAGGUCUUGUUCCCCCCAAGUAGCGUCUCCACACUGGGUGGAAGCAGGUGAGGGCCGAGCUGCCCCACAUGGGAGUGGGCAGAGUUUGUGACCAGGGGAUCCGCCAGCACUGCCCUGGGCUGGGCACAGAAAUACAUGUCGCUGUUUCAGAACUCUUGGCAGCCAGUUUUGGUGUCAUCUCUUAAAACUGGCACUUGGGAGCCGCAGAGCGCCUAAGAGAAGACGCUUGCAUGCAGCUCGCCCAGGCCUGGUCCCUGGCGCUAGUGUCUGAGCACUGCCGGGUAUGCCACCGCUGCCCCGAGAAAGGAGAAAUCUUGUCCUAGGCGCAUUCCUCCACGGGGGUGGUUGUGGGGAAUACGAGCUGCCCCUCUCCGGGACGCCUGGCUGUGGGGCCAUUUGCCCCCUCUGCCCACCCCUCUUGGGUGGCGUAGCUGAGAUUACGCCUCCUGCUCUCAGGCUCCCCCAAAACCCCUCAGACCCUACCCUCCCCCCCCCCCCCCAGGUCUCUGCUCAAGCCACAGGAAUCGCUUUGCUUCCCAGCUGGCUGAGUUGGUUGUGGGGUAACCAGGAGGCCCCCUCUGUGGGCAGUUGCAGAGGUUCCACAGGUAUGGAUGGGAAUCGGCUGGUGACCAGCACCUGGGUCCAGGCUGGGGGCCUCUUCCCUCCAGGCUGGCUGGCCACAGCCCGAGUCUGGACACACACCAGAACAUCACGUAGGAAGUGGGCUCCAGGCCCAGCCCCGCACCUCGGCCCUGGCCGCCCUCCACUGGCACUCGGGGAGGAGUUAGGACACACUAAGUUAUGAAAUGGUGACGCGUAUUUAAGUGGUCUCUAGUGGAUUCUGUAUUUAUGUGCCCGGCCCAGGGCGGUGCUGGCGGGUCCCACUGCAGGGCCCGUCUCCAGCUCAAGGCCACGGGGCACCUUAGACACUUUUUGAAAUAAAGCAAUUUCCUAGA